UAGUUUGCUUGUUGGUUCCUUUUCUCUUUAUCUAGUACUAAUGCGACUUCAUCUUGGAAUCUUUGGCCAAGUCGAGAUUUCUGUUCUUGGACUACAGAUAAAAACUUCUGCAUUUUUCUUUCUUG